AGCUUCCUGGUUGUAAACUGCUUGAGAGUGCUGACAGCCAGUCAACUUCAAAAGCAGCCAGGAGAAACUUUCUUGCUAACUUUGGGAAGGAAUUAAAAAAUGCUGAAAGGUGCAGAUGAUGUUGUUAUGGAGCAGGAGGACUCUGCUUCCCAACAUGGAGAAAUGACAAAUUGGGAUAUCAAUGACAUCAAACUUCCCCAGGACGUAAGACAGAUAGACUGGUUUCAAGAGUGGCCAGAUUCCUACGUAAAACGUAUCUAUAGCUCAGAGGAUAAAAAUGCUCAGAGGCACCACAGCAGCUGGGCAAUGAGAAACACCAACAACCACAACUCUCGCAUCUUAAAAAAGUCCUGCCUUGGGGUGGUGGUCUGCGGCAACGACUGCUCAACCUUGGAUGGGAGGAAGAUCUACCUAAGACCAGCCAUAUGUGAUAAAGCUAGGCAAAAACAACAGCGGAAAUGCUGUCCAAACUGCAAUGGACCCCUGCGGCUCCUUUCCUGCCGAGGCCAUGGUGGUUACCCAGUUACCAACUUCUGGAGGCAUGAAGGCCAAUUCAUAUUUUUUCAGUCCAAAGGAGCUCAUGACCAUCCACGUCCAGAAACAAAAUCAGAAGCAGAAGCAAGAAGAUCAAUCCAAAAAGCACAGACAGCUUUUUCUCCAUCUUCUCCAAGAUUGAAAAGAAUCCAGGAGAUUGAGUCUCUGACAGGUGCAAUGCCAACGUGGGAGGCUUUGCCUUUGCUUCUUUCCAAGCCGGACGCUUACAUGCUACCUGCUAAUUUCGGGGGACAUUUAAGCAAAAGCUCCCGGGAACCGACGCUGGGCAGCUGCUCUGGGCGGCCGCCAUACCCAAGGGCAGCUGGGGAGGACAGGGGCUCCGGAGAGGCGCCGACCUGGAGCAGGAGCCCGGCCCUCGGGAGGACCCACAGUGCUGGGAGGCCUUGCAGUGGCCCUGCUCACACCCCGCCCGUGACAAAGGGUGGCCAUGACCCCUUCAGGCCUAAUGCUGGCCCUUUGGGGGAUGAAUCCUGUGAGGAGAAAUCCCCGCUGGCCUACAGCGGCAGCUGCCUCCCUCCGCCGCCCUACCCUGUGCCUCAGGGAGGCCGCUGCCCCACAGCGAGCGGGGCACAACACCAGUGCCAGCUCUUGGUGCCUCUGAGGGGAAGCGAAGGAGACGGGGGCGAGGGAGGGCGACGUCUCAACUACUGCAACGAUGACAUGUUUUUUAACCUGUACCUGUUACGGUGA